GAGGUGGGCAACGGUAUUUCAGAGGAACCUAGUUCUCUGGCUCCUUCGCAAGUAUUUGUCCUGAUUGUAAAAGACUGUGGAAAAGCACAUUGAGUCAAUUAGUUAAUGUGAAUUGACAAAUUUUUUUCACAUCCAAUAGUUUUGAACAUUGUCGAUAGAUGGCAAAGAUUGGGAAAAACUUUUUAAGUUUAAUAUCAUUUCCUGAUUGCCUAGAAGACUUUAGGCCAUUACAUUUCAAAUAGCUAGUGGUGAAACAUCGAAUUAUUGUCAUUUCCCUCAGAUAUUAGUAUUAUUUUUGAAUUAAUUAUGGCAAGUACAGUAGAUUUGAGUAAGAUAUUCAGUUAUAUUGAUGAACACCAGCAACAGUAUAUAGAAACACUAAAGAAAGCUGUGGCAAUCAGAAGUGUAUCAGCAUGGCCAGAAACCAGAGAAGAAAUAAUAAAAAUGGUGAAAUGGGUAGCUGAGUUGUUGGAAGCUGAAGGAGCUACUUGUGAGUUGGCUGAUGUUGGAACUCAAACCCUUCCUGAUGGAAAAGUUAUUCCAUACCCUCCAGUGAUUCUUGGCCAGCUUGGAAAUGACCCUCAAAAGAAAACAAUUUGUGUUUAUGGCCAUUUGGAUGUUCAACCAGCUGCUAAGGAAGAUGGAUGGGAUACAGAGCCAUUUGAGCUUAUAGAGAAAGAUGGGAAGUUGUACGGCCGUGGAGCAACUGAUGACAAAGGCCCCGUAUUGGCUUGGAUUCAUGCCAUACAAGCAUAUCAUAAAACAGAUUGUCAACUGCCUGUAAAUUUAAAGUUUUGUUUUGAAGGGAUGGAAGAAUCUGGUUCAGAAGGUCUAGAUGACUUGUUGUUUUCCAGAAAAGACACUUUCUUCAAAGAUGUAGACUAUGUUUGUAUAUCAGACAAUUACUGGCUGGGCAAGAAAAAGCCAUGUAUUACAUAUGGUCUCAGAGGCAUCUGUUACUUCUUUAUUACAGUAGAGUGUUCAAAUAAAGAUCUUCAUUCUGGUGUAUUUGGUGGAACAGUUCAUGAAGGUAUGGCUGAUUUAAUUGCUCUGAUGAACAGCCUGGUUGAUCUAAAUGGGAAUAUUCUAGUACCAGAAAUUAUGGAUGAUGUCAUUCCUUUGUCUGAGGAGGAGAAAAGCUUGUAUGAAAAGAUUGACUUUGAUGUGGAAGGUUACAAAAGUGAUAUUGGCUGUCAGGAUAUUAUACAGAAGAGUGAUGGAAUUCAAGUCCUUAUGCACAGGUGGCGUUUUCCUUCACUGUCUCUUCAUGGUAUUGAAGGUGCAUUCAGUGGACCUGGAGCUAAGACUGUGAUACCACGAAAAGUAGUGGGAAAGUUUUCAAUUCGAAUUGUACCUAACCAGAUUCCAGAGAAAGUAGAGAAAUGUGUUGUUGAUUACUUGAAUAAGAAGUUUCAAGAACGUGGAAGUCCUAACAAAAUGAAUGCCUAUAUGUUUCAUGGCGGUAAACCUUGGAUGAGUGACCCCUCCCACCCUCACUAUCAAGCAGGGCAGAAAGCCAUGAAAACAGUUUUUGGAGUUGACCCUGAUAUGACUAGAGAGGGAGGCAGUAUCCCAGUGACCUUGACCUUUCAGGAGGUUACUGGGAAGAAUGUUCUUCUUCUUCCUAUAGGAGCUUGUGAUGAUGGAGCACACUCACAGAAUGAGAAGAUUGAUGUUUACAACUACAUGAAAGGAACCAAAGUGAUGGCAUCAUAUAUAUAUGAAGUAUCAAAACUAAACUGAACCACUUCCAGUUCUCUAACAUAAAGACAGAGCCACACUGAAGCUAUGUAUGAAGACUUACCACUAGUGUGUCUUACCAAUGUCUGACAUAAUAAGAGAUGUUUCUGGUUGAUUAUUUCUUAUAUGCACCAUUAUUUACCAUUGUAACAGGGAUGUAUUUCAUAACAAAAUAAAUCAGAUGGGGAUUUGC